CUCCAGCAACCGGUCCCGAUGGCUCCGCCGCUGGCCUGGGACUGCCUGCCCCUAUGCCGAGACGCGCCUCCGCCUAUGACGUGUUCGCUGGCGCACCGGGCGGCCUUCCAACCGUUGCAGGCCCGCCCAUGGGUAGAAGGGCAUCGUUCCGCGUUGCGCCACCCACUCCGGUCGAGCAACAGAGCCCGACCACCGAAAACGAUGUGGGCGGGCUCUCGAUGCCGAUCAUCACAGGCGCAGGGUUGGGGGGACCUGUACCGGAGAUCGGCGAAAGGAGGAUGUCGUGCAGGAGGGCAUCACAUAUGCCUCUGCCUGCUUUGGAGGAUCUUGAGGCUGCUCCAAGACGUCAGGCCUCAGUGGAUGCUGAAGGCAUUCGAAUUGUGAUACAUGACGUGGACUCUGGUGCAACGACAGGAGUACAAAAACGGGUUGUGCUAAAGAAGGACCCCAACGACAAAACGCACAGAACUAGAGGAUUCGGUAUGCGAGUGGUAGGUGGAAAAACAGCAGCUGAUGGUCGACUUUUUGCCUACAUUGUUUGGACUGUUCCAAGUGGACCUGCGGAAAAAGGUGGUCUCCAACAAGGUGAUAAGGUGCUAGAGUGGGACGGUGUCAGCCUGGUGGAUCGUUCCUUCGAAGAGGUGUGCGCCAUCAUGGAUCGUACAGGUGAAACUGUUGAGUUACUGGUGGAACACGCGACCGAACUGCGAAUGUGCGACAUUCUGGACGACCCCAUUCCCAUGGCCAGCUAUGCUGCUUCCAGGAAGGCCUCUGACGCCUCCGCAGUGCCUUCAAAUCUGUAUGUGGAUCCAGAUAACGAAAAUGGACCUACGUCACCUACUAGACGAAAACUACCUAAAACACCAGAACAGAUGGCAGCUGCUCAAGCUGCAAGCAGGGAACAGCAACAGCAACAGCUGCUUCAUCAGCAACAACCCCAAGGGAUCACAGGCCGGAUACAGAUCCAAGUGUGGUACCACGAUGAACGAAAGGAGUUGGUUGUAGCUGUUCUGGCAGCCGACGACCUUGCGCCCAGAGAUGAGACGGUAGGCUUCGGAAGCCUGCCUGAAGCCUACGCCAGGCUCUCUUUAGUGCCAAAAACGAGUGAGGACCACUGCAUGCAGACGGAAGUAGCCCCCGCAAGUCGCAACCCCAUCUGGAAUGCGAACCUGAGCUUCCCGAACGUUGCCCCCGAGGAAUUGGCUGAAAGACAACUGGAGAUCGCUCUGUGGGACCUGGUGCCGAGGAACGAGCACGUUUUUCUCGGUGGCUGCACUGUCGAUCUGCAGAAGGCUUUUCUGGACGACAGGGCUGUGUGGUGCAGGCUGGACGAUUGGCCACCACCCCAUAUGCAGGGCCGGUCGCCACAUACGUCACCAAGAGGGUCCAUCGUCAGCGGGGGAAUUGAUAAAAGAGGAGAUUUCGGAAACCAGAGGAGUGUCAGCGAUGACGUGGAUUCAAUAGGAGAAUGCGCCAGUCUUCUACAUCCUGAUCGGGCUUGGGGCUCGCGAAGAGGCUCAUCGCAAUCGGAACAACUAGAAACUGAAGUUUACGAAUUGGGAAAAGAUUUUUCAAGGUCAUUGCCAGGAUCCAGACGGUCAUCUUUCCAAUCGAUACAAGAGCAACAGGAGGAGAAGCCAGCGGUUCCUCCUCCUCCAUCUUACAGCAGGGAUAGACGAAGAAGUAGCUGCACCAGAAUGUUAAGGGACCCCGAGGAAAUUCUGAAAUCGCUGAAGCUGUAAAAGGUGAACUAGGUAGAACGAUGAGUCUUACUGGAGACAAGAAACAUAGGAAAUCCGCUAGUGGUCCCUCUGGAGGUGAGGAAUGCAGAGAAAACCCCGAGGUCAGUGAUGCUGGAGCUAGCCCUCCGUCAAGUCCCGAACGUACGUCUCCACCUCAACUCGGACCUGGACAGAUCAAACCUAAAGGAUACCGUUUUUCGACCUCGCAACCUCCCGAAAUCAAACUGGGCCUGCUGAUGACGAAAGGUCAGCUGGAGGUGGAAGUGGUAUGCGCUCGACGAAUCCCGUCUCGCGAAGCUCCUCCCGACACGUACGUAAAGUGCUACCUUAGAGAACAGGACAGAUGGCUGCAGAAGAAAAAGACAAGGAUCGCGAAACACUCGUACGAACCGCAGUUCCGGCAGACGCUCAAGUACCAAGCGUGCGACAUCCUGGGGCGAAGUCUGGUCGUCAUGCUGUGGGAGAGACAAGGAGGAUUCGAGCACAAUCAAGGUUUAGGUGGCGCUGAGGUAGCAUUGGAUGCUUUGACGUUGACACACCUGACGACCGGUUGGUAUCCACUGUUCCCCAUUCAAUUCUUGGGCUCGGACUCGAAUGAUUCGCCUUGACAAGGUGACUCUCCGGCAGACUAGCUUGCUAGAUGUGUGCUAGUCGCUAUGGGACACGUCACAAGACAACAUAUUUCAUUACUGGGAAUCCUGCAAUUUUAACUCCAAAACGGAGUCUUGAAGGAUAUCGACAUCUGUAGAAAGCGUACGCUUAUUAUUCGUUAAUUUGUACUCCAUGUUGUUUUCGAACGCCGCUUCAGUAGAUCGUGUGUUUAAUCGUACCGUUGUAACUUUGACGCAGUUGAAGGUACUGCCGCAAGCAUUCUAGUUCAGACGUCUAGAAGUUGUAGACCAUUUGAAAAAUCCGUAAAAAUUGACAGCCAUUUCGGGCCACUACAAAAGAAUUUCGAUUGAUGACUUGUCGACCCAACACCUAUAUUUAUUUUAUAGAAAAUCAGACAGUUGUGUUGUGGGUUUCUAGGUGUGAUUCCUAAAAAUGACAUAGAUUCUUGUAGAAGUAUCUUGGACUGUGUUGUAACCCGUAUGUGAAAAUGCCAAAAAUGAACUCCAAUGAAAGUAUUAGAUAACACGGCAGAAAUGUUUCCUUCAAGGAAGAAAGUAAAGUGUAGAUACAGGGAAAAAGAUGAAAUUUAAGACAAUCAUUACAAAAAAUCAUUUUAUAAAAACACUAUAAUUAAAAGACUAUCAUUUAAAGUAAGGUGGCCUUAAGGUAAUUGUUUGGCCUAUUUCAAAGUGUUCCAUUAGAAACGCAGGCUUUGAGAUCCUUCACUUAUAUCAUUCAUACAGGGUGACUUUGAAGUUGAGUCAUUAAUUUUCAGAUAAUGAUUGUAGAAGGAAGAUAAACCAAAAUAUGUG